GAGAUAUUAAUCAGCUCACGUGAAACGUGGGAUUUUCUGUACGACGCGUUCCGGCUGAUGGCAUUAUGAAUUGACCCAACGCAAAUCCAACGAGUUCCUUGCCCUGCGCGUUUCAAGACACUUUGUCUCAUUCCGAUGGGGGACCGAUCUCAAUCAUCUGAACGUCCGAUGUUACCAGGCCCAACGACACCCAAGCCUUCAUUACCACCCGGUAUGGUCCUUGGUCCGGACGGAAAGCCCUGCAAAAUAUGUACCGCGUUUCGUAACUGGAGGCCUACCGCUUCAGGCACUGCCAAUUCGAGCAAGAAAUCCACUGCCGCAAUGAUGGCUGCUUUCGCGUCUGGCACAGGCUUCCAAUCUCCCAAGCCAGAAAAUGCAACCCUGCCCCCACACUGUCCGCCGGAUGUCGAAGCCCUUGGACGUGCCACAUGGUCAUUUUUGCAUGCGACCGCAGCAUACUUCCCGGCUCGGCCCACUCCCCACCAACGUGCAAAUAUGCUAAAUCUCAUCCACGCGCUACCAGUCCUGUAUCCAUGCACACAUUGCGCGGCGGACUUUGGCGACAAAAUGAAGGAGCAUCCCCCAGAUGUGAGCAGUCAGGAGAGGUUGAGCAGGUGGUUGUGUGAGCGACAUAACGAAGUGAACAAAAAGUUGGGCAAAGAAAUGUUUGAUUGCGCAAAGGUUGAUGAGAGAUGGAAGGAUGGUCCACCUGACGGCAGCUGCGACUAGACUGCAGCGUGUUCGUAGAGACGGGUCGCAUAUCAAUCACACCUCGGGAAUCACAUUACCACUCGUGGAGAAAACAUUGUCCUGUUCCGGGUCGAAAAUUCAUUCACCACUCGACAAGGGUGGCUAUCAGUGGCAUGAGUCUCAAAGCCGUUAUACAACUGCGCCGAUAUAAAUGGUAUGCCAUGCGCUCUCUAGGGAUUCAAUCUUAUGAACAUGCGAAGCCCUCGCGCACUGCAUGAGGCAGCAACGUGUGGAUACAGACUGUUGAGUGUUUGUUUAACCUUCAAAUAACCCGACCUCCACUUGUCUCUCCUCCCGUCGUGCUGAAUAAGAAUCUUGCAUAAUUCAGCAACUUGA